GUUAGUGUAGCGACCGCGAGGCGCUUGCAAGCGCUAUGCGUAGCUGCGUAGAGCCGUAGUUGUUUUUGAGUGCGUGCAAGUGGUGUGCUUUUUGUUGUUCUUCCUCUUCUACUUUCUCUUUUUUUUCACCGGCAUCGGAGAGAAGGUUCCGACAAGUUUUCUUGCUGUUCAUCGCAUCGUUAUUAAAUAAUAUAUGUGAUCCAUUCGCUGUAGUUACACGAAGUCGCGUUGUCAUGAGGCUUCUCCAUUUUCAUUUGAGUUAUUUGUGCAGUUGUGAGUUGUGAUGAGUGCAUUGGAAGUGUUGCUGCGACACAUCAUCGAUCUAGGGAAUAUUUAAGAUGACCAGCUGACGGAUAGAUCUAACCUCUUGCUACGUAGCACCGUAGUGGGGCUAAACAUACGAGAAACAGCGGAAGGAUGCUGGGCGGCGUGGGAGGCCGGCACGUGUCUACGCGUCGGCGAGGCAGUAGCCCGCUGGUGCGUGGGGGUGCGGGCCUCGGUGCUGCCUACGGUGCCCCAGGUGCCCCAGGUGCCCCAGGUGCCCCAGGCUUUGGGACCGAUGCCAGCAUGGUGCCAUCCGAUGCCCCCAGAUACACGAGGAGACGCCGGGCCGUUACCACCAGUGACCACAAGAGCUGUGCACUCAUACAGACCAGACUCAAAUUCGGCGACAUCAUGUUGGCAGCAGCACAAGAGGCGGCACAAAGGGACCCUGGAUACGCGAGUCAGUACAGGAGAAGGCAGAGGUUGGCCGGACUGAGUGGUCUCGGUGACUGGGCUAGCUUUGGAGGGGAGGUACCUGGUCUGGUGGUCAUGGCGCCAGGCCGGGAUCAGGGUGGAGGGGCGGGUGGCGGUGGCGGCGGGGGCAGCAAGGGUCCUUCCUCGCUUUUUAUCCUGAGCGAGGAUAAUUGCAUACGUAAGCACACCCGCUUCAUCAUCGAAUGGCCGCCCUUCGAGUACGCCGUCCUGCUGACCAUCAUCGCGAACUGCGUGGUCCUCGCCCUCGAGGAGCAUCUGCCGAAGCACGACAAGACGACGCUCGCGCAGAAGCUGGAAUCCACGGAGAUCUACUUCCUGGGGAUCUUCUGCGUCGAGGCGAGUCUGAAGAUCCUCGCGCUUGGCUUCGUCCUUCAUCGCGGCUCCUACCUACGCAACAUCUGGAACAUCAUGGACUUCUUCGUCGUGGUCACUGGGUUCGUCACGGUGUUCCCGCAAGGCAUGGAUCUGGAUAUGGACCUACGCACGUUGCGUGCUAUACGCGUCUUGCGACCACUCAAACUUGUCUCCGGCAUACCCAGUCUACAGGUGGUGCUCAAGUCGAUCAUCAAGGCGAUGGCGCCGUUGCUGCAGAUCGGCCUGCUGGUCUUGUUCGCCAUUGUGAUAUUUGCCAUCAUCGGGCUCGAGUUUUAUUCGGGCGCACUUCACAAGACCUGCUACAGCAUAGAGGACAUAAGUCAGAUCGUCAAGGACGGGGAGUUGGCGACGCCCUGCAACACGGACAACGAGACGGAGGCGCCGGCGGGGGCGCACGUUUGCAACUACAACACGUCGAUCUGCAUGGAUCGCUGGGAGGGACCAAAUAGCGGCAUCACCAGCUUCGACAACAUUGGCUUCGCCAUGCUCACCGUCUUCCAGUGCAUCACAAUGGAGGGCUGGACUGCCAUAUUGUACUGGACAAACGACGCUCUCGGCAGCACCUACAACUGGAUUUACUUUAUACCAUUGAUUGUCCUCGGCUCCUUCUUCAUGCUGAACUUAGUUCUGGGUGUGUUGAGCGGAGAGUUUGCGAAGGAGAGAGAAAAAGUGGAGAAUCGGCAGACCUUCCUCAAGCUGAGGAGGCAGCAGCAGCUCGAGCGAGAGCUCAACGGCUACGUCGCCUGGAUCUGCAAAGCAGAGGAAGUCAUACUUGCCGAGGAGAGAACGACGGAGGAGGAGAAGAUGCACAUAAUAGAAGCGAGGAGAAGAGCGGCGGCGAAGAAAAAAAAAUUGAAAAAUCUCGGAAAGAGCAAAAGCACCGACACGGAGGAGGAGGAAGGGGAGGACGACCCUGACGAUGAUGCUCCUCUUGUUUCAGUGCCUAAGAAAAAACUGAAAGGGUUCUCGAGAGCUUCCUACCUCAAGACCAAAGUGAAGAACAAGGGUGCCUGCCAGCAGUUCUGGCGUGCCGAGAAGAGAUUUAGGUUCUGGAUACGUCACACGGUGAAGACCCAGUGGUUCUACUGGUUCGUCAUCGUUCUUGUGUUCUUCAACACCAUCUGCGUAGCGGUCGAGCAUUACAACCAGCCAAAGUGGCUCACCGCGUUUCUCUAUUACGCAGAGUUCGUGUUCCUGGGACUCUUCAUGAUGGAGAUGUUCAUUAAGAUGUACGCCCUCGGGCCACGCAUCUACUUCGAGUCGAGCUUCAAUAGGUUCGACUGCGUCGUCAUUUCCGGCUCGAUCUUCGAGGUGAUCUGGUCGGAAGUAAAGUCCGGCUCGUUCGGUCUCUCCGUCCUACGUGCCCUUCGCCUCCUCAGGAUAUUCAAAGUUACCAAAUAUUGGUCCAGCUUGAGGAACCUCGUAAUCUCCCUGCUGAACUCAAUGCGCAGCAUCAUCUCCCUUCUAUUCCUGCUCUUCCUCUUCAUCCUCAUAUUCGCCCUACUCGGUAUGCAGCUUUUCGGUGGUCAGUUCAACUUUCCCGAUGGCACGCCUCCCACCAACUUCAACACUUUUCCCAUCGCGUUGCUCACUGUCUUCCAAAUUCUGACCGGUGAAGACUGGAACGAGGUGAUGUACCAGGGCAUCGAAUCUCAGGGUGGCCACAAGAAGGGCAUGGUUUAUUCGCUCUACUUUAUAGUCUUAGUACUCUUCGGGAAUUACACGCUGCUGAACGUCUUCUUGGCUAUCGCCGUCGACAAUCUGGCCAAUGCUCAGGAGCUGACCGCCGCCGAGGAGGAACAGGAGGAGGAGGACAAGGACCGACAGAUGCAGGAACUCGAGAAGGAAAUGGGAGCUCUGCAGAUGUCCAGUGACGGUAGUCCUCCAAAGGUCGAAAUAUGCCCGCCAAGUCCAACACAAAAUUUUAAAGGUGGAAAGGGCGGCAAGCAGGCGUCCGAAGAGAAGAAGCAGGACGACGACGAAGACACGGGACCAAAACCAAUGCUGCCAUACUCCUCCAUGUUUAUACUGUCCCCCACGAAUCCCAUAAGGAGAGGCGCUCAUUGGGUCGUAAAUCUGAGGUACUUUGACUUUUUCAUCAUGGUGGUGAUCUCGUUGUCGAGUAUCGCACUGGCCGCGGAGGAUCCGGUCGACGAGUACUCAAAAAGGAACACGGUCCUGAAUUACUUCGACUAUGCCUUCACCGGGGUCUUCACCGUCGAAAUGAUCCUGAAGAUCAUCGAUCUGGGCAUAAUACUUCAUCCGGGCUCGUACCUGCGCGAGUUCUGGAACAUUAUGGACGCCGUGGUGGUAAUUUGCGCCGCCGUGUCAUUCGCCUUCGAUAUGACAGGCAGUUCCGCAGGACAGAAUCUCUCGACGAUCAAGUCUUUGAGAGUGUUGAGGGUCCUAAGGCCCCUCAAGACUAUUAAACGAGUACCAAAGCUCAAGGCAGUGUUCGACUGUGUCGUGAACAGUUUGAAAAACGUCAUAAACAUCCUCAUAGUGUACAUAUUAUUCCAAUUCAUUUUCGCUGUGAUAGCGGUUCAACUCUUCAACGGGAAGUUCUUCUUCUGCACCGACGAGAGCAAGUACACGUCCGACGAGUGUCAGGGUCAAUAUUUCGUAUUCGAGGACGGCGCACUGUUGCCCACGCAGAAGAAACGGGAAUGGCAGUCGCAAUCCUUUCAUUACGACAACGUGAUGGCAGCGAUGCUCACGCUGUUCGCUGUGCAGACUGGCGAGGGAUGGCCGCAAGUUCUACAAAACUCGAUGGCGGCCACUUAUGAGGAUAAGGGUCCCAUACGAAAUUUUCGUAUCGAAAUGUCGAUAUUCUACAUAGUCUACUUCGUCGUCUUUCCCUUCUUCUUCGUGAACAUCUUCGUGGCCUUGAUCAUCAUCACUUUCCAGGAGCAGGGCGAGGCGGAGCUGCAAGAUGGCGAAAUCGACAAGAACCAGAAAUCGUGUAUAGACUUUACAAUACAAGCCAGACCUUUAGAGAGGUAUAUGCCCAACAAAAGAAACAGCGUCAAAUACAAGAUCUGGAGGAUAGUAGUAUCAACGCCAUUCGAGUACUUCAUCAUGAUCCUCAUCGUUCUUAAUACACUUCUGCUCAUGAUGAAGUACCACCGGCAGAGCGAGCUGCACAAGAAUAUACUGAAGUACAUGAACAUAUGCUUCACCGGGAUGUUCACCAUCGAGUGCACUCUGAAGAUCGCCGCUUUUGGCUUCAGGAACUUCUUCAAGGAUCCCUGGAACAUCUUCGACUUCAUCACGGUCAUCGGUAGCAUCGUGGACGCUCUGGUCAUUGAAUUCGGGGAGAACUUCAUCAAUGUCGGAUUUCUCAGGCUAUUUCGUGCCGCCCGGCUAAUUAAACUUCUACGGCAGGGUUACACUAUACGAAUUUUACUUUGGACCUUCGUGCAGUCUUUCAAGGCCCUGCCCUACGUGUGUCUACUCAUCGCCAUGCUUUUCUUCAUAUACGCCAUUAUUGGAAUGCAGGUUUUCGGUAACAUCGCACUGGAACCCGAGUCCGCGAUUACCGGUCACAACAAUUUCCAGAGCUUCGUUCAAGGUCUGAUGCUGCUCUUCCGGUGCGCGACCGGCGAGGCGUGGCCGAGCAUAAUGCUGUCGUGCAUAAAGGGUCGGCAGUGCGACAGUAAAGUACAAAAACCGGAUCAGGACUCCUGCGGCUCGAAUCUUGCCUACGCCUACUUCGUAUCCUUCAUUUUCUUCUGCUCCUUCCUCAUGUUGAACUUAUUCGUCGCGGUCAUCAUGGACAACUUCGACUACCUCACCCGCGACUCGUCCAUCCUCGGCGCCCAUCAUCUCGACGAGUUCGUCAGGAUAUGGGCGGAGUACGAUCCCAACGCCACAGGGAAGAUCCACUACACGGAGAUGUACGACAUGCUCAAGAAUAUGGAUCCGCCAUUGGGGUUUGGCAACAAGUGCCCCAACAGACUGGCUUACAAGAAACUGAUCAGGAUGAACAUGCCGGUCGACGUCGACGGGAAGGUCAACUUCACGACCACCCUCUUCGCGCUCAUCCGCGAGAAUCUCAGCAUAAAGAUGCGAACUGCCGAGGAGAUGGAUCAGGCCGACGAGGAGUUGAGAGAUACGGUGAGAAAUAUUUGGCCGCUUCAGGCGAAGAAGAUGCUGGACCUUUUGAUACCAAGGAACGAAGUUUUGAACAAAGACAAUUUGACCGUGGGUAAGAUAUACGCUGGGCUGCUGAUCCUCGAAAGUUGGAGAACAACGAGAUUCGGUCAGAUAGAAGCAUCCGGGCCGCCGAACGAUAACGAUCUUAUCGAUAACGAUAAUGCCGGGCAAAGUCCUGCAGCCCAGGCGCACUCGACCUUCUUCAACUGCCUGUUGGACAUGGCCGGAGUGAACCACACAGGUGGGAAUAGCCACGGGAACGGGAGCAGGGCGAACAGCCUGGAGCCACCUCCAGGCCCGGCAACUGACACCAAAGGUGGUGAUCAGCGCCGGGAGCCGCGCGACGAGGAGGAAGGGGCCCUAGGGGCCCUGGCAGCCGCCGAGCAAAGGCGACAACGUAGCAUCAGGAACAAAAAGGUGAACUGGAUGAUGUCCCACCAGUACGAUAAACUAGGGAGCAGCGGAGAGAGUAGCCAGGGAGUGGGUGGGUCUGGGGUUGUACUCGUAGAUAAUGGCGAGGAACGCGCCCCUGAGCUAGAGCCAUUGCUAGCAGAGCCUUCCCAGGACCACUACCACCACUACCACCACCACCACCACCACCACCACGACCAAUACUACGAUACCGACAAUCAUCAAUACCACCAUCACCACCACCAUCUUCAUCACCGACCACCCUCGUACUAUCAACACCAGAACACCUACGCACCUCGCUCCUCAAUCCGUUACCUCAAGAUGGAGCUGCAGGACGUGGUAGUUAGCGAUUCGCGGGCCGGAAGUCUCGAAAGUCUGACGCGCACCGGUGAGAAGCUGCAUCCGCAUAAUCCCGUCGCUCAUCCGCCAAGACAUCAUUCCCGCUCUCCAAGUUUAAGGAGGCAUUCGCCGGUCCUGCAGAGGUCGCCAUCGCCGCGAAGACACAGAUACGAUAAUCACGGUCAUCCUUAUCACGAUGGGCCAGGAUUCAGCGACACGGUGAGCAACGUGGUCGAGAUCCAGAGGCACACGCAUCAUUCACACAUGUCACAGUACAAUCAUCGGCACAGAAUACGGGACUAUUACGACCACUGCGACUAUUACGACGAUGGUUCAUGGAGCGCGUCGACCAGUCCAGCUAGGUCGCCAAGUCCUGUGCGCCGAAUGGAUCACAGUCGCCAUUACGGUACAACGAGUCUGGAGCAGCGCUCGCGAAGUCCGAGUCCCGUAGGCGGGAGGCAGCCAGCGCAACCGCAUCAUCUCCAUCAGCACAGCUACCCGGUGCUGGUGCCAAAGAGGGGCCAGGGUCGCAGGCUGCCGCCAACGCCGAACAAGCCCUCCACCCUGCAGCUCAAACCGGCGAACAUAAACUUUCCUAAACUGAACGCGUCUCCCACGCACGGGGCGCACAUGGCCCACGUAGCCGGGCCUCAUGUGCCAGGCCACGUGGCCCCGGGCAACGCUGCCGUUGCCCACUGUCCACUCAGUUUCGAGCAAGCGGUGGCCAUGGGACGGGGUGGCCGGCUGCUCCCGAGUCCAGUGCCGAACGGCUACAAGCCGCAGCCUUCGCAACCGUCGCAACCGUCGCAGCCGUCGCAGCAGAAGCAGAGGACGCCGAGGUCGAGGCACUCGGACAGCGACGAGGACGACUGGUGCUAGCCAAAGUGGGACCCUGGACGGUGGUCUGGUGAAGUAGACGCUUCUCGGGGUCUUUCGGUUUGCGCGUGAAUCCCAGAUUAUCGAAUUCGGGUCUCUUUGGGCUUAUCGUAUUGCUUUAGUGUACUAUCGUUUUACUUUGAUAUAUCAGGUUUCUUUUGGUUGUUCUUAAUCAUUGCGUCACACCGCUGGAGGCAGUCGGUUUGAGAUGCGCUUCGACAAUGCGAUUGGCAAAGAGAUAGAGAAGGAAGGAAGAGAAGAGAGCCAGCGAGGAAACGGGCGAACGAACGAUGGCGUCGAUCGCGUCGAUCGCGUCGACCGGGACGACCGGGACGACCGGAAGGGGUCACUCAAUUGAUUAUUGUGCUGCGGCAGCACCGGCGCGACAAACACACGUCCGAUAAAUGUCUCUACGAUCUGUUCCGAGAAAGCGAGUAAAAUCCUCCCUUUCGAUUGGCUCUCUCGAGGAUCGAGCGAAUUAGAGGAUCCGUCGGGUGGAUCGGAUGAAUAUACAUAUACGUACACUCCCCCAGUGCAAAAAGGGAUUUAAUUAUAUAUGUGUAAGAAAUAUAUAUAUAUAUAGGGAGAGAGAGAGAGAGAGAGAGAGAAUAUAAAUUUCUAGUGAAUGGGGGGUCGAACUUUCACCGUAGAGAUAAGCUUGCGGGAGAAUACAGGAUAACAGUUAAAAAGACGAAAAACUAUGAAAGGGAUAAACACUGCGAGAACCGUACGAGCGUGACUACGAGAAAGGCGCAUACGCAACAGUCCUUUAAAGAAAAAGAAAAAAAGAAAAGCUUCGAGUUUAUCAGGUUUUUAUCUGUCCCUCGUUGAAAUGUCCGAUCUAACGGGCGGAAUUGGUAUCCACUUUUUAUACGAUUUUCUUGCGAUAAAACCCUACGUUUGAAUUAAUAGUUGCACUCGAGGUCGUGAAUCUACGUACUGGAAUAUUUACGCGAAACGGAGGAAACGUGAAUGUCGCGUUAAUGAUUAAAAAAAUGUCCGAUUUCCCAUAAGACUAAAGUCACGACUGACAAUGAGUCAGGGGAAGUCACGCUCGAAGCUUCUCGCAAGCACAGUGCACCCUUUUGCAGUUAGCUGUCUUCUUCUUGUCUUUUGUUUUUCGUUUCACUUAACCGAAAAAGUGAAGCGACAAGGCGCGUUCUCGGAUUGUCGAAUGGAGUCGCACGCGACAGCCGCGAAGGGGAGAAGGCGGGGAAGAAGGUGGAAAAAUAAAAGAAGUAAGAACCCGAUCCGACGUAAGGGAAGUGCUGAGGACUCUAAAACAAUUGUUCAUUAAUGAAUUCACCGACAAGUCGGUGUCCCACUGUCGAAAUAGACGCGGAAUCGACUGACAAUCGCAAGUGGGAAGCCGAUGCGUCACUACGGAAUAGCGAUGAUGGUUGCGCGCGAGGAUAUUAGGCCGCGUGGACACGGAGGUCCCUUUGGGUUAUUCGUUUGUCCUGCGAUUUGUCAGUGUGUAUGGCGUGCGUUUGGUGCGUCUGAUGCGUCUGAUGCGUUUGGUGCGUUUGGUGCGUUUGAUGCGUUUGAUGCGUUUGGUGCGUUUUGUGCGUUUUGUGCGCGUGCAACUCGGCAGGAUCUUCGCGCGCAUUCACUCCUCACUUUGCAUAGUAGAAAUCAAUGCCGCGUUUUCACUACACUUAUUAAACUACAUUACCCUAUAGAACUCGUAGUGGACGAGAAACGUGCGUGAAAAUGUAGGAACGAGAAACAGGCUGAAAGAGGAGCAGUGUGCAUGGAGUGCAUGGAGUGCAUGUGAGUGAAAGAAAAGGAGCGUGAUUGUGAAACGAGAGAGAAUCUUGGAGUAUAUGUAUAUGUGCGGCUGGGAAGAAGAGUUGAAAGGAACGUGAGAAAUAAUUGUGGACAAGAUAGGAGAGCAAAACCCGAACGGAAUGAAAGAUUUCAACGAGUCUCCGCAAUUGUACGCAGUCCGAUUUUUGCAAGGCAGCCACAAAAAUUACUUUAAGCGAAGAUAAAGAAUAUCGAGAGCAAACGUAUGAAAUAAUGGUUCAAAGAAAUCGCGACGGCACGGAUAUAGAUUAGCAUGAUGAACGAAGGAACGGAAAUCGUAGAGAUCUGAGAAAUCUAAUUGUAAGAGAAAGAAUUAAAAGAAAAGAAAGAAAAAAAAGUAUGGUCUGCUCUGGAGGGUAAUUUCGCAGGGGAAAGUGUAAAUCGGGAAAUAAAAAGACGGCACGGAAAGUAUGCAUAGAAAUACAAAAGUAAACAAGGGAUAAUCCUUUGCGAAAACGCGAAGAUGAUCUUUCAGUUAUGAUUAGAUAUUAAAUGGCGUGCGCGACACGGAGGUGCUGAAAUCCUGUUCAUCGUCGGUUGCCAAUCCAGGGAUUUUGUGGUUCCGUCGUUGACGCAUCGCUCCGUCAUUCGUUGAAUUUAAAUGCAAGUUGGGCGGGGAGGAGGGGGAAGUGAACAUAAAAAAAUUUAGCUAAGCGAAAGAAAUGAGCUACGGCGAUUGACAAGUGUACAGCCAGAUUGGUUGAUGCGAUUCUAACGGCGCGACGUGCGCGGGAGGAAAUUAAAAUUAAUAGUAUUAAAGAAAAUAAAAAAGCUCUGAGGGAACCGAACGAAGAAAUAGUGCGGAUAACUUGAUAACGAAGGACGUAGAUGAUAACGUCGAUGAUACGUUACACGUGUUCGGGCAUGGCCACACAGGAAAAUACGAGGCGACUAGUCCAAGUGAAUGUGGAACACUCGGUAGAUUCGUUAUCGGUGACACGUGUGUCCACAGAAUGAUACAAUUGUGUUACGAGACCGAAACAUGGGAAAAAAAGAAAAUGAAUACGUGAAAGGAAGAUCGUGCCAAAAUGGACAUGAGGACGUGAGAAACGAAGGAGCGGCGUGUAGAGAUUCGGUAGCCAAGCAUCGGAAACAUACGAGAGGAAAAGGAAAAGCGAAAAGACCUUACGUAAUCCCAACUUAACGUAAUCGUAAUCUGUAGAAAGAAUCGCAUUGAAGAGCGAAAGAUGUCGGUUAAAAGGCUGCGAAACUUAAAUAAACGAAAGAUAAUAAAUAAAUGAAAUCGAAUGGGAGACGACGCGCUUUAGUUCACGAAUUCUCCGCACUUGUAUAAUAUUGCAUAUAAAUUAAUUAAUUAAUUACUUACUUACUCUUACUUACUUACUUACUUACUUACUUACUUACUUACUUACUUACCUAUCUACGUAUCUACUAUUUACUUAUACUAUUAUUAUUACAAUAACUACUUUACUAAAGAAGAAAAAUCUACUCUAUCUAAAUACCCACUAUUACAAUUACUCUACGUACCGCUACUACUACCACCAUCACCACCACAACCAUUACCACUAUUCUUCUACAAUGAGAAGAAAUAAGAAGAAAAAGUACUAUUACGACUAUUACUACUACUACUACUACUACUACUACUACUACUACUACUACCGCUACUAUUACCAUUAAACUAAUGAAGAAAUAAAUAAUACCUACCACGUGGCUGCGUAAGAUUUUCACUACGUGCGUGUUUUAUUAGACGAAAUAGAUGAUGAAUUAUUUGAGAAUUUGAGUUCUUCGUGACGAGUGGAAAUGUGCAAAUGUGCAAGUGCGUAAGUGCGUAAGUGUGCAAGUGCCCAUGUUAAUAUACGGUCGGUUCGCGUGUAUCUCCGAACGGGAAUUAUAUAACUAACACGUUAAAUAUACUGCCAAUCGUGUGGGGUUUAAAAGAAAACAAAAAAAAUAUGUGAAAGACAAAAGUGAAUUGGACAAGAGUAUAAAUGUCUGAGCGUUGUACAUAAUGUGUGUAUUAUCCCAAAGAAGCUGCUGGAAAUAUAACUAUGAGGCAAGGAAUAUAAAGAGAGAGAGAGAGAGAGAGAGAGAGAACGAAGGAGAGCACAGUUAUCAUUAAAAUUACGAAGAUGAUCAAAAGUGGAAGAAAAAAAAGCGAGAUAAGGAAAACAAUAAGUGGUGUUAGUUUUGAAUAUUUCAAUGCUUGCGUGUGGGCCAGAUGUGUGUGAAUUGCAAAUAUAAUAUAAAUAAUUAAGUAGUCAUUCGGAAAGUGGCAAAGUUAUCGCUCUAUUUCGGGCCGUAAUGCAAUUCAGGGGGUCUUUUCGAAUUACCUAUUACGAAUUAUCAAAUUACUUUUGUCCCCUUUACACUUUUUCAUUUUGAUAUUUCUCACGUCGACACGAUUCGUUGUUGCCUGCCUCCUCACUCUACUCGUAAUCAACUGUUAUCGGAGCAUGUGGGAUUUCCCUAUACAUAUUCACAUAUAUAUAUAUAUAUAUAUAUAUAUCCCCCUGUUUACAAACACACACACACACACACACAGAGAGAGAGAGAGAGUUGUUCGGUUCUCGAGGACCCCCUGGGAGCUUUCGUAACGUUUAAUCAGAAAAAUUGCGUGUGGUUUCUUCCCUUAAGUGCUUUACAAAACUCUGUCGUUAUUCGUACGUCGCGUAACGUCGCUAAAAGUAAAUUUAAAGAGAGAGAGAGAGAGAGAGAGAGAGAGAGAGAGAGAGAGAGAGAGAGAGCAUCAGGAACGUGUCUCCGGUCGAAGCGAAUGAGUGAAACGAAAGGAGAAUAAAAGUGCGCGUGAAUUGAUGAAUCUACUGGAAGAACGAAGGAAGGAAGAGGAAUGAGUAGCAGCUGGGGAGGCGAAAAGGGUGGAUGGUACGAACGCGAUGCGUGCAUAAUGCCUGUGGGGUUAAGAUUAAAUAUUAUUACAAUGUUUUUCUGUGAUAAAUCCAAAAAAUGAAUCUUAGUAAGACGAUGUAUUGUCCCGUCGUGGAUGGAUUCCGCUGCUAUCGCGUAUUCACGAUUACGUAACCCCGAUGUGUUUGUAAUAAUAUUGAAUUGCACGAAUGAAAGUGAAUUAGUGAAAGAGUGAAAGAGUGAAAGAGUGAGAGAGAAUGGGAGCAGAGAACGCUUCUGCAAAAUGAUGAUGAAUGUUUAAAAUGCUUCUAGUCUGACAAUGAGUGAAUUCUCGAGUGACUGGAUGAAUACAGAGUUCAAUGAGAAAUUAAUCCAAACUUAAUCUUAACUUAGACUUACUGCAAGCAGAUGACCAAGAUCUUUAACGAUGAACUACCGUUAAAACACUAAUUAAAGUUAAACGAUACGAAGUGAAAGACGAGUGAUAGAGAGAGAGAGAGAGAGAGAGAGAGAGAGAGAGAGAGAGAGAGAGAGAGAGAGAGAGAGAGUGUGAUUGAGAAAAUGCUUGAAGAAAACGAUGAGUUUACAUGAGUAACACUUUACGUCUAAUGAAAAAAAAGAGACAAAACAAAAAGACUCUCGUAGGUAUUUACGAUUAUUAGCGUUAAGAGUGUAAUAAUAAUUGCCGUAGCCAAGUGUGCGUGUGUAAAAGAGAUUAUUGGCGCUGUGGCAACGCGAUACGAACGAUACUUGUAAAACGUAUGUAAAGAUAGAGAAGAGGAAGAGGCGGAGGAUAAAAGAAAGAAGGAAAGACAAAAGGACUUUUAGCACAUACGUUAACGAUCGGUAAAGGCGAAAGAUAAAUGUAGCUGUUUCUAUACCGUAUUAUUAAAAUUGCAUAGCAUGUCGCCAUUUUCUUAUAUCACGAGGAGAGAAUUCAUCUCGCAAAAGUAAAUAAUUUAAGGUCCAGCGCGUCAUCGAGCACCGAAGUUGCGACGGUCAAGCAAAGAGGGAACAGAAAUAUUUUUAUUUUAUGUUUCAUUCGUUUGUCUCUUGGGGCAAAAACUAAGUUUUUUUAUUUUUUAUUUUUUAUUUUUUUUUAAAGAACAGUAAGACGGAUGUUUUCUUCUUGUUCGUUUAUGUAUAUAUAUCAUUUUUCGAGUCGGUAGAUUUUUGAAUCUCGUUAAGUAACUUUGCUUGGGAAACGUUAGCGAUUGCGCGGGUGGGCACUCCGAUGUUCGAUCGCGUUGCGGUCGGCCAUUAUAAAUGAUAACCAAGGUGAAAGAAAAAGAGAAGUUAUCAAUAAAUAAAACUGCUCCCGUGCAUUUUUUGCGUCGCCACAUUUAUUGUCUCUCGUAAAGAAAAUACUACUUAAUAUUGCUAAUGAUAACGAAAAAAAAAAAAAAAUAUUACAUUCAAGUUUAAUUCAUUAUUCUGAAUUAUUAUACAGAUUUUUCAAGACUAUUGAAUUACACGAUAUGACGUAAAAUUGAACGACGUACUAAGAUCCAAUAUCCUUAUAUCCCAAUUCGCCUUCCGCCAUUUUACCCACCACCAAAACAUGUAUGUACAUAUACGUAUACUAUGUACAUGCGAGUACGAUGAAUAUAUUGUAUAAAGGGGAACCAGGAGAGAGAGAGAGAGAGAAAAAAAAAUAAAGAAAACUAUAGACGCGCGCAUGCGAAAUCUACGAGAACGAUGAAAAUUAUACAAAUUAUAAAUAUUGAUUACUGUAAAAGUAUAUAGAUAUAUAAUAUGGAAUUAUAAUGUAACAUUAUUACGAUGAUAUACAUAUGCAUAUACAUAUUAUACACACGUGCAAAUUUAGCACUUGCGGUUCUAGGAGUCAGGACCUAAAAAUUAAAAGGAAGACAAAAGUAUCUCAUCGACGUGAUUCCCUCGUUAAUGUCCUUUUUCGAGACAAAAAAUAGAAACAUUCCUGAAACCGAAAGUGCGCAGAUUCGAAACGAGGCGAACGAAGGCAAGAGGGAAGAAAUAUAUGGUGGAAAAAAAAGAAAAAAAAAAAGAAUAACCGCGCCAGAGAUUUUCGUCUCGACGCGCGUAACGAGAGCGGCGACGAUAAAUGAAAAAUCAACUGACGCGCCCCGUAUUUCGAUCAGUGAGAGAUGAAUCAUUGAUAAGACCGUUUAAUCGAUUAAUUAACUUAGAUACGAUUUCAUUACUUGCAUUUAAUAAAAAAGAAAAGACACGUAAAAUACUAUUAAGAUUUUUUCUACUUAUCUAUAUAUAAUAAUAAUAAUAAUAAUAAUAAUAUACGCAUAGACACGUGCGCGCGCGCGCGCGCACACGCAGAAUCUCUCGUACACUCUCAUCCACACACAACACCUUCCGUCUGCAUAUAUACGCAUACAGCGUGUCGCACAAAAUGCGUCGCGUUGAUCCAUAUGAUCUACACGAGAAGAAUCCUCGAUCCCUACGACAGACUGUAUGAUAUAUGCCCAAUUGCCCAUGGCCAUAUGUGUGUACCAUAUAUGUAUAAACAACUUAGGAACUCGUGGCCACAGUAAUAUAAUUACCCUGUCGAUAUAACGAUAAUAAUAGUAGUCGUAGUAGUAAUAAUACUAAUAAUAAUAGUAAUAACAAUAACAGGAAUAAUAUCGAAUAAUAACGAAAAAUAAGGAAGCCUCGUGCCGCGAGACUGAUUGCUGCGUGAUCGCCUGCGUGACUUAAGGUGAAUCCGUCGUUCGAGCGAGACGCGAUCCGUCAGACUCGGAUGUGACGACUGAUGCUCGAUGGUCUCUGGAUUAGUCGGGAGGCGCGGAUGUCGCUGCGAGGCGGCGAGGCUCCGCUAUAGGGUUUCAUACUUUUGCAAACAGUAGAUGUCGAGGGGCUGCGUCGACUGUACUUGAUGCUCCCUGACGGGCUGAUUAUACCGUACCGUCUAUAUUUAACAUUAUAGAUUUAUCUGAUGAUAAAUAUACGAUUAGAACGAGA